AAUAUAGGCUCCGCCACUAAUGCUAAAAAGCGACUUGCCUGGUGUUAUCAAUAUCACAACUGGAUCUUGGAUGACUGGAAACGUGUUAUUUAUUCAGAUGAGACCAAAAUUAACCGUAUUAAACUCUGCCGCUGACGAGUUAAACAAAGAAGCCAACAAUAUGACUGGAUUUGCGUUCAGAAGCACAUGCUUUCCUCAUCUGUACAAAAUGUUGAAGCAUUGGGGCGUUUCAGAGCCAAUAUUGAAGUAAGAUGGUUUACACAAUGUCAACAAUAUCGUUACCUACUUUAUGCUGUCAUUAGGUUCAUUACGACCAAAUAUUCUCUUCCAAAGGCAAUCAACUUGGCCCGACAAGAAUUUGGGCUCUCAAGCAGCCGAAUACACAACGCUGUUGUUCCAAAAGCAAGUAAAUUCAUUUUCGGCCUCACCAAAAUGGAACUGAUGGUUUUCAUCCUAUUCUGGUUUGCUGGAGACGGCCAUAGUAGGCCUUGUUACAUCUACACCAAAGAAAUCGGCAGCCUGUUGUCGUAUUCGUCAAUGGAGAUUGCAUCAAGAGAUGAAGAAAUCCUGAAACUGUUGAAAGCAGCAUUGGAACGGUACGAUUUUACAAGACUCAGCAUCUGCCACUACAGGACUUGGAUGCCCAAAUUGAAAAUUCUGAGGACUCCAGAAAUGGACCAGGCGAUCCUGGAGGCUUUGAACGCGUUGAGCUCUGAACAUUUGCAUCCGAAGCAUAAAUAUAUCAAGGCUGUUUUGGAAAGCCCAUUUCGCGGUGUCGCAAUACGAUUCGGCCGACCAAGAGAGCUAUCGUUCAUCGAAUAUGCACCCAAUACAUCAAAUCGACUGCAAUGUUUUAUUGCCCAGUAAGUUAACCUAUCCAUAAGGUUAUCUGUGAAACUAUCGAUUUUCGUGUGUGUGGCAGAGACUUUCAUUGUCUGCAGUUACAUGAAGUCAACGACAUUUUAUCAUUUGCCGGCUUUCCAGAAGUUACCGAUACACGAAAGUUUGACAUCGGCAAAUUCA